UGCGGCGCUUUCCGCGGGGAACUGUGUGAAGAGUGGGGGAAACUUUGAAAGUUGGGAGCUGCACGCUUGGUACUGGAAAGUUUCUUGUGGGGAACAGUUGUAGGGAAGUGGGUAUUCUCUUUGUUUCCGGUUCCCUUCCUGAGCCCGUGGAUAUUGCUGUCGGGGUGGCGGAGAGCCUCUUUGGAUGCUGGGUUCUUCUUUUCUUUGCUGGAUCUGGAAGCAUGGGUAGCAAGAAACUAAGACGAGUGGGUUUAACUCAAGAGCUGUGUGACCGUCUGAGCAGACAUCAGAUUGUUACCUGUCAGGACUUUUUAUGUCUUUCCCCACUGGAACUUAUGAAGGUAACUGGCCUGAGUUACCGAGGUGUCCAUGAACUUCUGCGUAUGGUCAGCAGGGCCUGUGCCCCACAAAUGCAAACGGCUUAUGGGAUAAAGACACAAAGGUCUACAGAUCUCUCACCAGCAUUCUUAUCUACUACCCUUUCUGCUUUGGAUGAAGCCCUACAUGGUGGUGUGCCUUGUGGAUCCCUCACAGAGAUUACAGGGCCACCAGGCUGUGGAAAAACUCAGUUUUGCAUAAUGAUGAGUAUUUUGGCUACAUUACCAACCAGUAUGGGAGGAUUAGAAGGAGCUGUUGUGUACAUAGACACAGAAUCAGCAUUUAGUGCUGAAAGACUGGUUGAAAUAGCAGAAUCCCGUUUUCCCAGAUAUUUUAACACUGAAGAAAAAUUACUUUGGACAAGUAGUAAAGUUCAUCUUUACCGGGAACUCACCUGUGAUGAAGUUCUACAAAGGAUUGAAUCUUUGGAAGAAGAAAUUAUUUCAAAAGGAAUUAAACUUGUGAUUAUCGACUCUGUUGCUUCUGUAGUCAGAAAGGAGUUUGAUACACAACUUCAAGGCAAUAUGAGGGAAAGAAACAAAUUCUUGGCCAAAGAAUCAUCCCUACUGAAGUAUUUGGCCAAGGAAUUUUCAAUCCCAGGUGGCCACAAAACCAUAGCUGAUCCCCAGGAUAGACCAAGACAAUCUGACUGGAUACAUAUUCCAGAAUUGUGCACUAGAUGCCAAAUGACCUUGUCAGGGGAGACAUUUCCUCCAAAUGACCAAGAUGUUCACAGUUCUACUGAUGAUGGGAAUCCCCAAUCCUUUUCAAAUGAUUGUGGCAUUCAGCAGGUUAUCCUGACGAAUCAAAUUACAACCCAUCUGAGCAGAGCCCUUGCUUCUCAGGCAGACCUGGUGUCUCCAGCUGAUGAUUUGUCCCUGUCUGAAGGCUUUUCUGAAUCCAGCUGUGUAAUUGCCGCCCUAGGAAACACUUGGAGUCACAGUGUGAACACCAGGCUGAUUCUCCGGUCCCUUGAUUCAGAGAGAAGACAGAUUCUCAUUGCCAAAUCCCCUCUGGCUCCCUUCACCUCAUUUAUCUACACCAUCAAGGAGGAAGGCCUGGUUCUUCAAGGCUAACAGGCCAUAGGGAUACUGUGACCUUUGUCUAGAGCUGAUGGGGGUGUGAUUUGUGAAAUGAAACAGGACCAUGCUGCUUGGAAGAAGGAAACGGAAGCCAACAUAAUGGGGAUUAAUUAGUUGAUUGCUGUUGAGAUGGUAACAGAUUUGCUCCUAGACCAUUGAACCAGCGAUUUCAGACCUAGCAGGGAAGGUGAAGAUGAAGAAGCCUUUGUUCAGGUCUCUAGAUGUGUAGGGCUGAGGGCUUUGCCACCAUGGGAUGUCAACAGACAUAAUAAUAAUAAUUUGCACUUAUAUAGCACCUUUCAACCAGGCACCUCAAAGCGGUUUAACCACAUUAAUUAAUUAAAGCCCACAAUCCCCCUGGGGAGAGAAAGAGGAUGACUAACAAGAUUUGUAAUUACAGGAGGGAACAUUUCCGAAUAAAGUAUUGUCCACCAAAUAAAAAGAGUAGGUGUAAAGGAA